CGUAGCGCUCUUCGUUAAUGGAGUCAAACGCCUGCCGUUCAUUUGAUAUUAUCCUGUUAUCUGAUUAAUAGACCUCUUCGACGAGGGUCGGAUUCUGUCGAGCGAACACAUCAAACAAACGACGGGAGGCAAGAAAUUACGUUGAUUGUAUCUGUAGCUUUUUUGCUUAUGUUUUUCGAGGCAAUCUGGCCGGCGGUCUCUUCUUUUAGUUUUGUUUUCUAACAGAUGGGAUGUGUUAGUUAUCUAGAGUUUUGGGGUUCUUGGUUUCCUAAUUGGGAUUGAUUAGGGGGGAGAGUUCGACCAUGGAUUCUGUAGUUUCUCAACCGGAAGAUGCGCCUCUGGUUGAAGGGGAUUCGUCAUACGAAGCCCCCAAAAGCCAUGCCAGAGAUGUUCAUAUCUUGAGCUCUGCGUUUCUUCUGGUAUUUCUGGCUUAUGGAGCUGCUCAGAAUUUGGAGAGCACGGUGAAUACGGAGGAGAAUAUAGGUACUACUUCUCUCGGGAUAUUGUACCUUUCCUUCACCAUAUUCUCCCUAGUCUCGUCUCCCGUGGUUCGGAUAUUGGGCUCAAAGAACGCUCUGGUGCUUGGCACCACUGGCUAUUGGUUGUUCGUGGCUGCAAAUUUGAAGCCAUCUUGGUAUACAAUGGUUCCUGCUUCUAUAUACCUUGGCUUUGCUGCUUCAAUCAUCUGGGUUGGGCAGGGAACAUAUCUCACUUCCACUGCACGCAACCAUGCAAAAGAUUGUUAUUUGCAUGAAGGAACAGUUAUAGGUAGCUUCAAUGGAGAAUUUUGGGGAAUUUUUGCAAGUCACCAGUUCAUUGGCAAUUUGAUUACACUUGCUCUCUUGGGAGAUGGAAAGGAAGGGGCUACCAGUGGCACAACCUUAUUAUUUAUUGUCUUUCUUGGAAGCAUGACCUUGGGUACCAUGCUUAUGUGCUUCUUGCGUAAAACAGAUAAUAAAGCAGAGGAGGGACCGCCAAAAUCUUAUACCAAUUUAUACUCUUUUGUGGUAUCUCUCUUGAAGUUGGUCAUUGCUCCCUUAUUUGAUAUACGAAUGCUAUUGAUCAUUCCUCUCAUUGCAUAUUCUGGCUUGCAGCAAGCAUUCGUGUGGGCUGAAUUUACUAAGUAUAUUGUUACACCGGCGCUUGGUGUGUCGGGGGUGGGUGGUGCAAUGGCGGUUUAUGGGGCUUUUGAUGCACUAUGUUCAUUGGCUGCUGGGAAGUUUACCUCAGGUCUCUCAUCAAUUACUAUCAUAGUUCCUGGUGGAGCUCUUAUUCAGGUUAUUGUGCUGCUAUGGCUUUUUCUGAAAUACAGCAGAUUAACUAGCGGAUUGAUUGGAUCUUUAUACCCACUUCUCAUGGCUGCUAUGUUGGGUAUUGGAAAUGGGAUAUUCAAUACACAGCUCAAUGCUUUGCUUGGAAUUCUUUUCAGGCAUGACAUGGAAGGGGCAUUCGCACAGCUUAAGGUGUGGCAAAGUGCAUCAAUAGCAGUUGUAUUCUUUCUGAGCCCGCACAUCACAUUAAAGGCAAUGUUGGUGCUGAUGCUUAUCGCCCUCUGUGUUUCAGUGUGCGGGUUUUUAUUUCUGACACUCUGGGUGGAAAGGACAUUUUCUUCUGGCUCUGGGUAAUACAGUGACUUCACAUGACAAUUGUUACUGAAUAUUUUUAUCCCGCUUGCAUUGAUGCACCAUGUUGUUAUCCAACCCACUGUAUAAUCAGAAUCAUAAAAAAGGGGUCAUUACCCAAUGCUUUCCAACCCAAGAUUAAUCAUAAUAGGCAAAUAGUCGUUUUUCCUAUUUGAUAUUA